AUAAAUACCCCCCCUAUCCCUGCCCUCUAAUGGCUCAACCCCACCAAACACCAAGUGGCACCGAAAAAAAGAGGGACAGUACCAUUUCCUAGCAGGCAUACCCAGGUAAAAAGCUCACUGUGGACACAGGCGGGGUAAUAAAUCCAAUGCAAUGGAGUUAGAUGAUGCUGCGUCAAGUGGAGACCAAGUGGAGGAGCAGUGGAUCAGGAGGAUGUCAGAGCAGCAGAGUGCCCCGGAGCAGCAGGCUGCAGGGAAGAGCCAGGGCGGAGUCGGAGCCACGUAUAAGGUGUUGCUGUUUGAGUUUGAGAACUUCCAGGGCUGCAAGGCGGAGUUUUCUGCAGAGUGCAAAGAUGUGAUGGAGAAGGGACUGCAGAAAGUCGGAUCUGUGAUAGUCGAGUCCGGACCCUGGGCGGGUUAUGAUCGGCAUGACUUCACAGGGGAGCAGUUUAUUCUGGAGAAGGGCGAGUAUCCGCGCUGGGACACCUGGACCAACAGUCAGAACAGCUACUCCCUCUUUUCUCUAAGGCCACUCAAAGUGGACAGUGCUGAUCACAAGCUACACCUGUACGAGAACCCAGGGUUCACCGGCAGAAAGAUGGAGAUUGUUGACGAUGAUGUGCCGAGUUUGUGGGGACACGGUUUUCAGGAUCGUGUGGCAAGUCUGAAGGCACUUAACGGAACAUGGGUGGGCUACAUGUUCCCCGGAUACAGGGGGCGCCAGUUUAUCUUCGAGAGAGGAGACUUCAAGCACUGGAACGACUGGGAGGCCCCUGUCCCUCAGAUCCAGUCUGUCAGACGUGUGAGGGACAUGCAGUGGCACAAGAGGGGCUGCUUCACUGGCCCUGACCCCGCCCCGGCUCCUGGCCCUGACCCUGAUCCGACCCCAGCACCUCCUGCACCUCCUGCCACAGCUGGAGCCAGCUGAGCAGGCCCUCCCCCCCUCCCCCCCACCCCCCCAACCUCCACCACCAAAUACCCCCCUCCCUACGCCGCCGACAGUGCCUGCCCUUUGCCUUAACCUGAGCAUGGCAAACGCUUGUGCCCCAUGAGGAGUGCCAUGUAUGUUUCAGUGGCGAAUAAAAGUUUGACCUUGA